AUGUCGGACGAGCUCCAAAAACAGCCCGCUAAACGCACAGAAGUGGCAGAAGAUGUCGACGAAGGCGAGGUUGUCGCCUGGACUCGGGAAGAAGAACGACAGCUCGUCCGCAAACUGGAUUUCCGGAUCUUUCCCAUCAUCAUCGUUCUCUUCAUCUUGAACUUCAUCGACCGCAAUAAUUUUGCUAAUGCCAGGCUCAAGGUAAGCCCGAUUAGAAAACUAUUCCGGAAGAGCAGUUCUAACCUAUGUCUUCUCAACAGGGCCUAGAAGCAGACCUCCACCUCUCCGAUGUGGAUUACCAAACUUGCCUAUCGAUCCUCUUGGUCGGCUACGUCUCCAUGGAGAUCCCCUCGAACAUGCUGCUCAACAAAGUCUCCUCGCCAUCUCUCUACCUCUGUGCCGCCGUUGCGCUCUGGGGUCUUGUAUCGGCAUGCCUGGCUGCCGCCCAGAAUAGCGUCGGGGCUAUCAUGGCGAGGUUCUUCCUUGGAUGCUGCGAGAGCGUUUUCUUCCCAGGCUGCCUGUUGUUCCUGAGCAAGUGGUAUACGAGACGGGAAAUGCAGUUGAGGGUUACGUGGAUGAAUGCUGGAAAUAUUGCCGCGCAGGGCUUUGGAGGUUUGAUUGCGGCCGGGAUUCUUGGAGGGAUGGAGGGCGAUGGAGGAUUGAGGGCCUGGAGAUGGUUGUUCAUCGUAAGUCACUAAUGACAUCGAGGCAUGGUUAUGAAGCUGACCAUUGAAUAGAUUGAGGGUGCUGUCACCAUCACUAUUGCUCUGAUCGCCUAUCCCAUCCUCCCAGACUGGCCCUCCACAACCUCCUGGCUCUCUUCCAAGGAAAAGCAAAUCGCAGAGGCCCGUCUCGUCAAGGAAACCGGCAUCAACGCCUCCAACCCGAUUUCUGCUCUCGAAGGCUUCAAACUCGCUUUCACAGACCCCAAAGUCUACCUCCUCGCGCUUCUCUACUUUCUCACAAUCAUGGGCCUCUCCUUUAGCUACUUCUUCCCAACCAUAACGUCCGCCCUCGGCUACAACACCACGGAAACCCUCCUCCUAACGGCGCCACCAUGGAUCUUCGCAAUCUUCACGUCCAUCCCCAACGCCUGGCACGCAGAUCGCACCGGGGAAAGAUUCUUCCACUACACCUGGCCAGCUAUCGCGUGCAUGGUAGGCUACCUCAUCAGCAUGGCCACCCACAACACCGGAGCGCGCUAUUUCAGCACCUUCCUCAUGACGACGGGCUACGCAUCGGGCUUCUUGGUCCUGGCGUGGAUUUCAAAUACGAUUGUAGAGCCGCCCGAGAAGAGGGCCGUGGCGAUUGCCUUUAUCAAUGCGUGCGGAAACGUGGGGAGUAUUCCGGGCAGUUAUAUCUGGAGGAGUAUGUAUGGGCCUUGGUAUCGGAUACCUUUUGGGGCUUGUUUUGCGAUUUUGGGGGCUGGGGUUGUGGUUGCUGCGGGGUUGAGGUGGUAUUUGAUUAGGUUGAAUAAAGAGCUGGAGAGGGUUGAGGGGGCUGGUAUUGCGAUGGAAGGGGCAGGGAAGGAGUGUGAUGAUGUUGAUGAUGAUGAGAGGAAGGGGUUUCGGUAUUUGUAUUAG